GGUUUGUGCCUCACGCUUCUUUUGCCCAUGCUAGAAUGUUCCAUGAGAUGCUUGUUUGCAGUUGUCAAUGAAGAAGCUACAAGAAUACUUACUGCAGAAAACUCAUCAUUCUAUACAACAUUUGAUGAGAUUUUGCAGUUGUAUUAUAAAAAUGAAGAAGCAGGUAUGCCAGGUCCGAGUAUAAGAAGAAACCAUGAAAUGAUGUGUGUUGCAGAUUCACAUAGCAACUGUAAAAUUGGAGUAUUUGAUGAAGACUUUUCAUUGAAAUGUGAACCAGAGAAAGUGUGUUGUUGUAAAUCUAUGAGGGUGAACUUAGUUCCUUUUUUGAUUGGCGAAAAGCUUAAUGAAGCAUUACAUGAUAUACUGAACUUUGUGAAUGGACCUCGAGUCAGAGAUAAACUAAGUCACGGUGAGGUCAAACUUGAUCAUGUUUCUAAAGAUAUUACAUAUCAUACUUUAUACAUUAGUUUACUUGUUCUCUCUCUCAGACACUGGAGGUGUGAAAAAGAGGCUUGUAAUGAAUACAGUUCGUUGUGUAAGGUCACAGAUGAAUUAGCAGUUACACCAUAUUGCAAACUGGAUAGCUGUAGUCCCCACUUUUGCGACAAAAAAUCCAUAUCCCAGAUGCUUUCCUGUAAUAUGUCAAAAAUUUCUCUACCAACCAAAUCCCUGGUUCACUUAAUGAAAAACUACAUGUUGGACUAUCAAUGUGCUUAUCACCCAAAAGCAGUCCUUCAUAAAAAUUUGAGUUCAAGUAUAGUAAAACUAGAGGAGUGGUCACAGUGGGAUAGAGUGUCAUGUAGUGAUUUAGAAUAUCCUGACUGGGAAACAUGCAGUUUAAGAGUAAUGCCUGACUACUUUAGUUUCCUUGCUUUGACUGGCCUCAGAUGUGGAGCUCAAGGAUUUUUGGAAAUGAGUCACUUCAUGUUGCAUGUCAAAGAGGCUAAAUACAGGGUACUGUACGGAAGCAAUUUGGAAAUUGAGCUCAUAUCCUUGUGUAACAGAAUUGUGUGCUGUAUACAGUUAGUAUUAGAUAACAUAAAAGAUAGUUUAAGAGUGAAAUAUUCGCAAUAUGUCAAUAAAACUUUGCGAUCCAGACAAAGAGAAACAUAUCGCAGGCAGUUAUCAGCAGUUCCUACCAUAGUCUUGAACUGUUAUGCAACAUGUCAAGUGGUUUAUACUCAUUUCAUGUUAGUGGAUGAUUUACUCUCUACUAAAACGCCUAUCACUAAUGUUUUGAAAACUCUCAGGAAAAUUUUAAAACUUCAAGAGAAUAUUGUAUCACAUACCAAUGUAAAUGUGAAUCGUUGGGAUGAAGCACUGAAGAACUCCACUGAUAACAUAGCAAAUAUUAAAAAGGAUUAUGGAAAAUAAAAGUAAUUGUUUAAUUCUUAUUCUUGAGUAACUGAAGUAAUACUGCAGUAACAAGGAAAUUAUAAUUGUUAAACUGAAAUAAUCAAGCUUUUUAUUUAUGUAUUUAUUUUUUAUUUUAUUUAUUUAUCUAUAUUUUGUAAAC